AUGCUGUACAACAAGCUGAGGAAGCAGCACAGUGAGACCUGGAUGGCACGCACACUGCAAUAUCUGGCAGUGUGCAAGAAAUUUCAGGUCCCUGGUGCUGAUGUACAGCAGGUGGCACCACCACCACCCAUGGUGCCUGUCCCCUCACCCCAGUGGCUCCACAGUCCCUGCCAAGGAUGUCAGGGCUCGGAUUGGGGAGAUGAAGGCCAGGGUCACCUCCAUUUUUGGAUCUGUCUUGAAGAUGGAUUCCACAAAGAAGGAGACCAAGAAGCUGGCAGGUGCAGCAGCAGGAACAAUGGCCUGGGCAACCAACGUGGGCAACGAGCAUGAGCAAGUCCUGAUGUCCGUGCUCACUGCUCAUGAGGGUGAUGGGCUGUUGCCCAUGGCGACGGGGCUGAUGCGGCGCUACCACGACGCUGGAGUCCCUCCGCCCAAGCUCCUGUACGUGGACAGGGACUGCUGCUCUUCGGUGGGGAAGUCCAGAGCGGCAGCCAUGUUCUGCGAAUGGGAGGAGCUGGUCGUCAGGCUGGACGUGUGGCACCCGAUGAGAAGAUUCGCUGUGGGCGUCACCACGGACAGCCACCAGCUCUUCGGCCUCUUUAUGGCGAAGCUGUCGUCAUGCAUCUCCGAAUGGGACAGUGCAGACGUGGCUCGCCUGAGGGAGGCUGUUCGGGGGGAACUGGAGGGGAAGCAGGGCAUCGUGGGCCUGAGCGAAGACCAGCUGACUGGCAGGCAGACCGCGAAGAUGCUGGCUCGGCACUGUCGCCGCCGUACCCGCGGGGCACAGGAGACCGAGCAGCUCAUCGCUCAGCUGCUAGCGGCCUUCAGGGACGUGAAGGACACGAUGGGCAUCCCCCUGCUGGACAACCAAAGGAUGGACGCCAUGUGGGACACCCAGAGGCGCCACCUUGGUUGCAUCCAAGACCCUCCUGGAUUCCAGCUGUACAUGGAGACGGGGCAGCUGACCAAGGGAGGCAUCGUACUCCCCACCUACCGCUACGCGCGUGGCUCCACGUCGUUGGAGUCAUUCCACGUCGACCGCUUCAUCCCUGGCACCUCCGCCAGUGCAGAAAAUUUCCAGGCCUACCUGCUAGAAGGGUUGGUGCAGUGGAAUGAGGACAGAGCAGCGGCAGCGGUGGACCGGCCAAGGCAGGUGCUGCACUGUUACAGUGGACAAUUGCAGCACAGCCUCAUCCAGCUCAGCCAGCAGCUGCUGGGCUUCAAGCUGGUUGAGGACUACACAGAGCUGGGGGAGUAUACAGGAGAGCUCAUCGGGGUGGAGUACCUGUACUCCCAGCAGUGCUUGGAGCUGAGGGAGGACGUCGGCCAUGACCCUGACGCCCCAGAUGGCACCCCCCAUGUCCUGGAGAGCCUAGAGGAUGAGGACUUUGAAGAGGCAGGGCCAGAAGAGGAACGUGACCCCACCAUUUCCUCUUUGCACUUCACUGACAGCUCCCUCACUCCGCACUCCUCACCCGCUGUGCCAGAGGUCCCCUCGGCUCACAUAGAGCUGCCCGCGGACCCAGGCCCAAGCGUUGUGACUCCAGGCAGUGCUGAUGAUGAUGGUAAUGAUGUUUUCAGAGGCCCUGAUGGAGCUCCGGGGUACGACCACGUGGUCAGGCUGGCGAGGUACCUGGUGGGGCUACGUGACGAGCCCUGUGUCUCGGAGAGUCACGUUGCCAGGAUUGUCUCUCUCUGGAACAACCUGCCAGAGAGACAGGCAGCGUGUUUCCUGCCCACUGGGGCACAGGGAGCGGAUCCUUCAGGGCAGGUUCGAGGCCAGCCACUCGAAAACAUCAGUGUGCGCAGGGAAGGAAAGCUGAAGCGCUGCCUGCUGAACCAAGGCACCAGGCCUGCACAGUGGCCUCAUGUGAGCAGACUCGUGGAGGCCAUCUGCUUGGAGCUCUGCUCACUUCACCCAGCUGGCCAGAUCGCUGGGGUGAGGCUGAACCGCUGGGCUGUCGUCCUGCGCAGCCCGGGGCUCAUGCAGGCCACGUCGCUGCAGGUUUUCGAAAUAAACCAGCGUACACUGUCCGUUUGGCAUAACGAUUUAGUGAAGUGGCAAGAACGUGCUGUGCUGUCCACGUACAUCCCUGUCCCCAACCUCAGCCUGACAACACCCACCCCUCUACCGGAGCCCAGGCAGGAGGAGCCAGAGCCUGCAGAACCUCCUUCUGACCUGAGGCCGUUCACCUUUUCCUCCCCUCCAGACCUGUCCGGGCAGGCUGUGUGGAGAAGGCAGCAAACUGCUCCUACUCCGCAACCCCAGCCUGCUCCUCUGCCCCCUGCAUUAGUCCCGCCGACACCUGAACCAGCCACAGCUGCCCUGCCGACACCCCCACCAGAUCCCUUGCAGGCAGACUCCCCCGGCAACCUGCCCGGGUUAAAGAUUUGGAGCUGGACCACCGAGUGGAGGCGGAGGAAGGCAGCUGAAGCCUUGGCCAGUUCGCAGGGUCUCCCCAUCCCACCACGUGUCAGCCAUCAGCACUACGCGUGCACACAGUGUGGGCAGCCGCGGCGGCAGCAGUAUGGACACAGAAGGUUUAAAAAUAAAAUUUUCUGUGAGAAGGCAGAAGGGAUGUCCUAUGAUGAGUGGAAGGCACAGCAGGAGGAGCCGCGCUAAAUUAU